GCCAUGUGUGAGCCUAAAUUUGGUGAUGGCAAGGAGCUGAGGGUGACUGACCAGAAUCCUGCAUCCUGGUACGAGCGGCUGGUGCAGCCCUGCCUGGUGGAACUGCUGGGGUCUGCCCUCUUCAUUUUCAUCGGGUGCCUGUCGGUCAUUGAGAAUGGGAUGGACACUGGGCGGCUGCAGCCGGCCCUGGCCCACGGGCUGGCCCUGGGGCUCAUCAUUGCCACGUUGGGGAAUAUCAGUGGUGGACACUUUAACCCUGCAGUGUCCCUGGCAGCCAUGCUGACCGGAGGCCUCAACCUGGUGAUGCUCCUUCCCUACUGGGUCUCGCAGAUGCUUGGGGGGCUGAUCGGGGCUGCCUUGGUCAAGGUGGUGAGUCCUGAGGAGAGGUUCUGGAACGCGACUGGGGCGGCCUUUGUAACAGUCCAGGAGCAAGGGCAGGUGGCAGGGGCGUUGGGAACAGAGAUCAUCCUGACGACAUUGCUGGCCCUGGCCGUCUGCAUGGGCGCCAUCAAUGAGAAGACACAGGGCCCUCUGGCCCCAUUCUCCAUCGGCUUCUCUGUCACCGUGGAUAUCCUUGCAGGGGGUGCUGUGUCUGGAGGCUGCAUGAACCCUGCCCGUGCCUUUGGACCUGCUGUGAUGGCCAACUACUGGAGCUUCCACUGGAUCUACUGGCUGGGCCCACUCCUGGGUGGCCUGCUUGUAGGACUGCUCAUUAGGUUUGCCAUCGGAGACGGGAAAACCCGCCUCGUCCUGAAGGAUUGGUGAAGCCGAGCUGGUGGGAUUCCUGCAGCCCCAGGCACCCCCUGCUGGCUUAUCUCAGACUGAAGACAGGGCAGCCUCUGCAUGUCCUGCCAGGGUAGAGGCCCAGAGGAGAGACUCACAGGCUUUCACAGACUUGGGCCUGGCUUCUCAGGGAGACAGACUGCUGCGCCCUGAGAGGCUCCAGGUCCUUGGAAUUCCUUUAUGCU